AACUUCGAAACAGCGGUAAGGGAGAAUGUUACCAUUAAUGGGCAGCCCUGGGAGGAGACUUCGGACGACUCCGAGCUGCAGAGUUCCAACAUUAAAAUUCUUGAAGAUCAGUUUGAUGAACUAAUAGUGGAGACAGCAACAAAGCGUAAGCAGUGGCCUAAAAAGAUACUGAUGCAUUAUAUCCAAACCAUGAAAGCUGAGCAAGAGAUGUUGAAGCUUUACCAGCCUGUCGUAACACCAGAAGAGAUAAGAUCACAGCCUUCUCAAGAUGCUUACAUCGCAGAUCUGAAGCAGAUGACAGAAAUGGCAUCCAAACAGAUCAGUGGAGCAAUGAAGUCUCUCCCAGUGCUAAUAGAAAGAGCAGAAGGUUUUUCCGAAGCGUUAACUUGGCAACCAACUUUGGAACUCUGCAAGCUGCGGCAAGAAGUCUUUGCUGGUUGCAAGGUGAAGGAGGAAAACAGCGUCCAAAAUUCCAUAUCACCAGGAGAAGUCACACCAACAGACACUGAUACCAGUAAAAGUCCUUAUGUUUUGCUAAAAAGAAAAAAAGCUGCAGAUUCACCAGAAGGAAGACGUUACCCACUUCGACGGAGGAAGAUUACUCUCAGUGCCUGA